CAGCCCGGGCGGGCAGCGGCGGCAGCCAGCCCGAGCCCCGUCCCGUCCCGCUCCUGUCCCCGUCCCGCUCCUAGCUCGGCCCCCAUCCCGGUCCCCGCCGUGCCAGUGGCCGCCAUGGCAGAGCAGGAGAGUUUGGAGUUCGGCAAAGCCGACUUCGUGCUGAUGGACGCCGUCACCAUGCCCGAGUUCAUGGCGAACCUCCGGCUGCGCUUCGAGAAGGGCCGGAUUUACACCUUUAUCGGGGAGGUGGUUGUUUCCAUGAACCCUUACAAGAACCUGAACAUCUACGGGCGGGACACGAUCGAGCAGUACAAGGGCAGGGAGCUCUACGAGAGGCCUCCCCACCUCUUUGCCAUCGCUGAUGCUGCUUACAAAGCCAUGAAGAGACGAUCCAAAGACACCUGCAUUGUCAUCUCAGGUGAAAGCGGGGCUGGGAAAACUGAGGCCAGUAAAUACAUAAUGCAGUACAUAGCAGCCAUCACCAACCCCGGGCAGAGGGCUGAGGUGGAGAGAGUGAAGAACAUCCUGCUGAAAUCCAACUGUGUGCUGGAGGCUUUUGGCAACGCCAAAACAAACCGCAACGACAAUUCCAGCCGGUUUGGAAAGUACAUGGACAUCAAUUUUGAUUUCAAGGGAGACCCCAUAGGUGGGCACAUCAAUAAUUACCUGCUAGAAAAGUCCCGUGUGAUCGUGCAGCAGCCCGGGGAACGAAGCUUCCACUCCUUCUACCAGCUCCUGCAGGGAGGUUCUGAGCAGCUCCUGCGUUCUCUGCACCUCCAGAAGGAUGCAUCAGCCUACAGCUACAUCUGCCCUGGGGCACAGAUCAAGUGUUCCAUCAAUGAUGGAGCCGAGUUCAAGGCAGUCGCUGAUGCCAUGAAGGUGAUUGGCUUCAAGCAGGAGGAGAUUCAAACUGUCUACAAAAUUGUGGCAGCCAUUCUGCACCUGGGGAGCCUGAAGUUCUAUGUGGAUGGAGACACUCCCAUCAUCGAGAACAGCAAGGUGGUGUCGGUCAUCGCUGACCUCCUGUCCACCAAGGCCGAGCUGGUGGAGAAGGCGCUGCUGUUCCGCACGGUGGCCACGGGCAGGGACGUCAUCGACAAGCAGCACACGGAGCAGGAGGCCACCUACGGCAGGGACGCCUUUGCAAAGGCCAUUUACGAGCGUCUCUUCUGCUGGAUUGUGACACACAUCAACGACGUCAUCGAGGUGAAGAACUACGACACCACAGUGCAUGGCAAGAACACAGUCAUUGGGGUCCUGGAUAUCUAUGGCUUUGAGAUAUUUGACAAUAACAGCUUUGAACAAUUCUGCAUUAAUUACUGCAAUGAAAAGCUGCAGCAGCUCUUCAUUCAGCUGGUUCUGAAGCAGGAGCAGGAGGAGUACCAGCGAGAGGGAAUUCCCUGGAAGCAUAUUGAUUACUUCAACAACCAGGUUAUUGUGGACCUGGUGGAGCAGCAGCACAAAGGGAUCAUUGCCAUUCUGGAUGAUGCCUGCAUGAAUGUGGGGAAGGUCACGGAUGAGAUGUUCCUCGAGGCCCUCAACAACAAACUGGGGAAGCAUGCACACUUCUCCAGCAGGAAGCUUUGUGCCACAGACAAAACGCUGGAGUUCGACAGAGACUUCCGGAUCAAGCACUAUGCCGGGGACGUGAUUUACUCUGUCACUGGAUUCAUUGAUAAAAACAAGGAUACUUUAUUUCAAGACUUCAAACGCCUCAUGUACAAUAGCUCCAACCCUGUGUUGAAGAUGAUGUGGCCUGAGGGGAAACUGAGCAUCACUGAGGUCACCAAGAGACCUCUGACAGCAGCUACUCUGUUCAAGAACUCCAUGAUUGCACUGGUGGACAACCUGACACUGAAGGAGCCCUACUACGUGCGCUGCAUCAAGCCCAACGACAAGAAGUCCCCGCACGUCUUCGACGAGGAGCGCUGCCGGCACCAGGUGGAGUACCUGGGGCUGCUGGAGAACGUGCGCGUGCGCCGCGCCGGCUUCGCCUACCGCCAGACCUACGAGAAGUUCCUGCACAGGUACAAGAUGAUCUCUGAAUUCACCUGGCCCAACCACGACCUCCCCUCAGACAAGGAGGCUGUGAGGAAGCUCAUCGAGUGCCACGGCUUCCAGCACGACGUGGCCUACGGCAAGACCAAGCUCUUCAUCCGCACGCCGCGGACCCUGUUCACCCUGGAGGAGCUGCACGCCAAGAUGCUCGUCAGGAUCGUCCUCUUCCUGCAGAAGGUGUGGAGGGGCGCGCUGGCGCGGCUGCGCUACCGGCGGGCGCGGGCGGCGCGGGCCAUCGCGCGCCACUACCGGCGCCACAAGGUGCGCGCCCACCUGCGCGAGCUCCUGCGGCGCUUCCGCGGCGUGCGCCAGCUGCCCGACCGCGGCCGCGCCAUCGCCUGGCCCGCGCCGCCCAAGGUGCUGCUCCGCUUCCAGGAGGCUCUGCAGGACAUCUACCACAGGUGGAGAGCGGCCGAGCUCAUCCGGAGCGUGCCCCCAGAGCUGCUGCCUCAGCUGAGGGCCAAGGUGGCUGCCAUGGAGCUGCUGAAGGGCCACAGGGCUGACAUUGGCCUCCAGAGAGCCUGGCAGGGCAACUACAUCGCACUGAAACCAGACGGCCCCCAGAGCUCAGGCUCCUUCACCCCUGUGGCCAACGAGCUGAAGCGCAAGGACAAGUACAUGAACAUCCUCUUCUCCUGCCACGUGCGCAAGGUGAAUCGCUUUAACAAGGUGGAGGACAGGGCCAUUUUCAUCACUGACAGACACCUUUACAAGAUGGACCCCAUGAAGCAGUACAAGGUGAUGAAGACCAUCCCCCUCUACAACCUGGUGGGGCUGAGUGUCUCCAAUGGGAAGGACCAGCUCGUGGUGUUCCACACCAAAGACAACAAGGAUCUCAUCGUUUGUCUCUUCAGCAACGACCCCUCCAGCGACAGCAGGAUCGGGGAGCUCGUGGGAGUCCUGGCCAGUCACUUCAAGAGGGAGAAGCGUGCCCUGCACGUCACUGUCACCAACCCGGUGCAGUGCAGCCUGCACGGCAGGAAAUGCACCGUGUCCGUGGAGACCAAGAUCAACCAGCCCCAGCCGGAUUUCACCAAGCACCGCUCCGGCUUCGUCCUCUGCGUGCCGGGCAAUUAACGGCCCCGCCCCGCCCGGGACUCCGGGAUGCAUCGGGAGGUGCUCAGCAGCGACUUGCCAGGUGCCUAAAGCAGCCUCUGAAGCUCAAGGUUUGGAAAACCCGAAUUCCAGAGCUUUAGAAAAGCCAAAUUCACACGGAAUGAAGACCUAAAAUAGCCGCUGACCUGUUCUCCACAUUACAAACCAGGCUGGAAUAUCAGGAGAGUUCUUCCUUUGGAAUUAGUCUGAAAAAGAGUUUCUAGGUACUUCCACCCCUUCUUCCCUUUCCCACGUUGAUUCCUCAGCCCCUCUCCAGUUCUCCCUCCGUGCUCCUUUCCCGUGUGUCAGUUUUUGCAGUGUGAUGCAGCCUCCAGAGGAGGAACCAAAGAGACCCAGCUCAGGGAGUCGGGUUCUGUAGGGCCAGAGCCAGGCUGGGGAGGGAGGGCUGCCGGCCACACUCCACACUCCCCCAGCCCCCAGGCACACGGGGCUGGGAAGGUACCUGGGGACACCUCCAGACCUGCUGCUUUCCCAGGGAAUUCAUCGAGGCACCUUGGCUGGACAGGGGACUCCCAGUGCAGGGCCUGGGUUCGUUAAUCCUGCAUUGCUUUUUGCCUUAAUUACCCCCUCCAAGGGCCUGAAGCCGGUGGGUUCCCUUGGGGACCAUGUGGCCUUGCUGAAUUUUAGAUGGUCCACGUGGCUUUGUGUCUGUGCCAGCGCUGGGGUUGGGGAGGGCUGAAGGGACCCACGGCAGGGGUGAGCCCAGGAACAGGGGGAGCUUUGGGGGGCCAAGCUUUGCACUAUCCAACAUUAACCUGGCACAGCCCCCGCUGCCAGCACCAGGCUCCUCCCUCCAAAGAGUUUUCCUGGCUCUUCCCAGCAGUGGGCUGUGAGUGUUGGGGUGUUUGGCUCAUCCUGGCCAGCCCAGAUAACCCCAAGCUCUGUCUUGAUGGAGGGGCAUGGAUCUCCUCAGUGGUUUAUUCCCACUGUGCUGGGCACUGCUGUGGUUCCUGAGCAGCCCAGGCUGUUGGGAUUGUACAUUGGGAUUGUCCUGGCACUGCUGGUCAGGUCAGGAUUCCCAGCCCUGGAGAUGGGGGAGCUGAGGGUGACCCCACCUCGGGGUCCCAGCCCAGCCAAUAAAUGGGGAGCACUUGUUUGAUGGAGCAUUUUGGGAAUUAGAAAGAGGCUCCUCUCUCACAAAAGGUUUCCUGAAGCCGUGCCAUGGACACGGGGCACGGGACAGGUCACUGCAGCCUUGGUGUCCCAGUGCCACCCCCGAGACCAGGGAGGGACAGGGAUGUAGAGCACGAAUGAACAGGCCCUGUGGCAGAGCUCUCCCAUUCCCUUUGUCCCUGGCCUUGGACCCGCCCUGGGACAUCCCAGCACCCCCAGCCCCCCGAGCCCCUCUCGGUGUGCAGCUCUGGGGUGUCUGAGGGGUCCCCUUGGGCAGGGGCUCCUCCAGAGCCCCGAGGCACCACCAGCACUGGGCCAGGAGGGGACAGCGGCAGCCCCGACCCCGCCACGCUGACACGACACCCCGGGACCACCCUGGGACCACCCCGGGACCACCCCGGGCCUCCACGGAGCCUCCAGCGCCUCCUUCACCCCCCAUGGGCUCCUCUGGAGGAGCGACACCGACGCCAAAGCCACGGGACCCCCCGCGCAGCCGGGGACGCUCCGAGGGACGCCCGGCGGUGCCUUUGGAUUUGCACUUCCCCGGUUCUGUCCUGGUGCAAACGCCCCCGGCCCGGGCAGGGGCUGGGGGCGGGAUCAGCACUUUCGUACCCUUGUCCCUCCAAAAGAAUGGUGGGAUGGAAUUGGGAUGGACGGCAAUGAAUUGGGAUGGACAGCUUGGGAAAUUCCUCCUACCAUGAGAUGGCAAUAUUGUAUGUGAUGAGAUGUGUCUUAUAAAAUAUAUUAUCUGUUCCUGCUCUGGUUUUAUAUAUAUAUAAAAUAUAUAUAAAUAUAUAAAAUAUAUAUAUUCUUGGUUUUCCCAUAAAUUAACUAUUUCUAAAUUGAAACUUGGAUUCUUAGCCGGGGGCGAUAAUGCAAUGAACCUUUUUUUUUUUUUAAUAAAUCGCUGAUAUUUUAUGUGUAAAAGAGCAUAAAAAACCCCUACUAUAAUGGACCUGGAUUUUGUUUACAUAAUUCACUGUAAUAAAUAAUAAAAGAAAGCAAUUAGUUGCAUCCCACCGUGGCACUGCCCGUUCCUGCCGGCGCGGGGGAGGUGAUGCUCGGAGGGAUCGGUGUCCCGACAUCCCAGUUACCCCAGUUAUCCGUUAUCCCCGUUAUCCCAGCAUCCCGCCUCUCCCGCUGCGGCUGCUGCCGGCCCCGCUGUCCCCCCACGGGUGACCCCGGCGCCGGUAACGCGAUUAAACGGCGGCCGCGUUAAAGCCUCUGUCGUCAGCACAAAUCCAUCGGCCGCGUCCGAGCGCAGAAAAGACUCGGCCACGAGCCGCUGCCGUGUAAUGGAUGGUCAGUGCAUUUUUAUUUAAUCAGCACAGUACAAAAAUAAAUAAAAAUAAGGGGAGGGGAUUAAAUUACAGGCACACUGAGCCCCAUGACACAGUCGGUCGGGUUAUAAACCACACAUACUUACAAACACACUAUACACAUACAUACAAAAUGAGACAAAUAUAAAUUAAUAAGUAACAAUACCCACCAAUUUGGUCAACAAAGAUCUACAGAAGAGAUUGCACUAAAAAAACGUACGUACACAUGUAUCAUUAGCAGGGUCCAAUGUACAGCCAUGAAGAGCUUCAAGUGAAAAAUCAAAAAUAAAAAUAAAUGGCACGUUAUUUCUCCCUCUUGUUCGCCAGUUUAACGCCCGAUGGACCAGAACUAAACUAGAACUCAGCACACGGAGAAAAGAAAACGAUAAAACCCAAAAAGAAGGUCUCAGUCCCCAGGCCUGAUACGGGAAUACCGGCUCGAGACUGCGGUGUCGGGGUGGUGGCGGGUCUUUGUGCAUGGGUGUAAUUUUACAGCCAUCUCUCGUUAAGGUUUUUCUUUUGAUUAUUAUUUUUUUAUGCGUUUUUUCCUUUUUUUUUUUUUUCC